CGAUCACGGCACAGGUCAGCUGCGCCAACGGGCCGUAUUGCAUUUUCAGAAGACCCCCCUCUCCGGGGCGCUCUGCAUUCAUUCCAAAGAAUGGCGUCUGUUUCUUGCCGCGCCUUCAGUCAGCACGCAAUCAGCCUCCAUUCUUCCAGCCGCCCUUCUCAAAGCUCCGUCCCUGCUUCUUCUUCUAGGACUUUCUGCGCUCCUCCAAAACAGCGUACUUUGGUGCAUGCACACGUAACUCCUUCCGUCAAGCGCCUGGGUUGUGAGUUCAAGGGCUCUGGAAUUGGGUUGGGUCUGAAAGCAGAGGGCUUGGAGGGCUUGAAACGAGGUUUGGGAGAAAGUGCAGCACGAGUAAACAUGGUCACGUGGAACAAGGAGCUGCUCUUUCACCUGGCGGUGCCUCUUGGGGGGGGCUUGGUGGCGAGCGCGAUUGCUGCACCGAACCUGAAGCUUUAUGGCGACCUCAAGAAGCCGAAAUGGGCUCCCCCGGCACCCCUCUUCGGAAAUGUGUGGUCAAUCAUCUACCUCCUGAUUGGUUACUCAGCGUGGCUGGUGUAUCGGGACGCUGGAGGGUAUAGCGUGCAGCCCGGUCUUUGGAAGUUGUAUGGAGCGCAGCUGGUCCUCAACUGGUUAUGGCAACCGCUCUUUUUCAACAAGCAGCUACUGGGUGUCGCUUUCAUUGACCUGGCACUUCUGUGGGGCACGAUUGCCGCUCUCAUUGGCAAGUUCUCAGCCAUCAAUACGCUGGCCGGAAAGGCGCUCAUCCCUUAUCUCCUCUGGGUCACCUUCGCUGGCGCACUCAACUUCAACUUGUGGCAAAACAACCCUGCCAAGGACAAGGACCCCAAGGAGUUGCGGCCAAAGGCGGCUUGAUCCGUGAACUCCGGUCUCUAUGAUUCGUACAUCUUUUUGUAUAGUGGCGUGUUAACUUUGAGAGGGGGGCGUUUACUUUCAGUACAGCUAUUACUGGCGUGCCGAGCUGCCCAUUUGGCACAUUAGGCGGCCAGCUCCGGGUCUGUUCCGCUGCAGAUGGCUGGGCGUACCGGAAACGUCAAGGUUGUGCCGCGCAGUCAACAUUCAAUCUUCCAGCAAGAGGAAGCGUAAUCUGUUAGCCUAGUGGUACUCAGUAUUUCUGUAUGUACCUUACCUGUAACUCCCAUUUUUGGCCAAUGUCUAGACGGGGAACGUCAAGCAAGGAAGAAUUGCAGCGACAAGUGACACUUCAACGUAUAACUAAGCACGCGUCUGCUGCAAAGCUAAGUCGCGGUUUGGCGAUUGGAUGGUUCUGAUGCUUGGAUCAAUCAAGGCGGUCGCCGGGCAGAAAAGGGAGUCAUCGUAAUGGUUUUACCCAGUAUAUAUCAAGGCAACCUUGCAAGGAGCCGAGAUGGGUCCACCACCGUAUGGUGCUGCACAAACGCGCGCA